CCCAUUUCGCCCCCUCUACUGUUCCAAUAAUAACAAAACAAUUCUCGAUUCGAUUUUCUCGCGAAUUUUUUUCCGGCAGCGGCGGCGAUCAGCUCCGAUUCGCGCAGCUCGGCGGAGCGGAGAUGGUUGCCGUGGUGGCGGAGGGCCCGAUCCGCGCGGACGCGGUGCCGGCGGCGGCGGAGGCUCCCAAGGGCGGUGAGGGAGAGGUGGGGAAGGAGGAGGUGAGGGAGUACGAGAGCGACAUGAGGAAGCUCGAAGAGCUGCUCUCGAAGCUGAACCCCUCGGCGGAGGAGUUCGUGCCGCUGUCGCGCCGCCGCGGGGACGGCCGCCGCCUGUCAGCCGAUGCGCCCGUCUUCGUGUCGCCGGCGAUCGACUACCACGCGCGCCACCACCAGCUCCCGCAGCAGCAGCAGCCGCCGAUGCACGUGCUGCAGCUCGUUGGCGCCGGCGGCGGUGGCGUGGGUGGCGGCGGGGGGAUGGACUCCAGCAGCGACGGAUCCGCCAGCGGCCAGCCGAAUCGACGGAGAAGGAACCCCUUCAACCAGGGGAGGAGGAGGAUGGGAAGCCGAUCACGUCGAGCUGAUAGGGAGGACAGUGUGCGUCGAACUGUUUAUGUCUCUGACAUUGAUCAGCAUGUCACUGAACAGAAACUUGCUGAAGUUUUUUCAACCUGUGGACAGGUGGUGGAUUGCCGUAUCUGUGGUGACCCUAACUCAGUGCUGCGUUUUGCUUUUAUCGAGUUUGCUGAUGAUGUUGGUGCAAGAGCAGCGCUAACGCUUGGUGGAACCAUCCUUGGUUAUUAUCCUGUCAGAGUUCUGCCAUCAAAGACAGCAAUUUUACCUGUGAACCCUAAAUUUCUUCCUCGAACAGAGGAUGAGAAAGAAAUGGUAUCCCGGACUGUAUAUUGUACUAACAUUGAUAAGAAGAUUGCGGAAGACGAAGUGAAGCAAUUCUUUGAGGAAUCAUGUGGUGAAGUUUCUCGCCUGAGGCUACUUGGUGAUUAUGUGCACUCCACAUGCAUUGCCUUUGUUGAGUUUGUCCAAGCAGAUAGUGCUAUUCUAGCUCUGAACUGCAGUGGCAUGGUUCUUGGCUGGCUUCCCGUCAGGGUGAGCCCGUCAAAGACACCGGUCCGCCCUCGUUCGCCCCAUGUGACGUCGUACUGAAUCCGGCUAGUCUGAAGCCGUCGUCCAGGGCAGCAAAUUCCGGGCAACAAAGCCUCCAGUCGUGGCCUUAGAGACCGUCACAUCGCGGAUCAGUAAUUGUCGUUGAAGAGAGUUCGGAUAUCUAGUCGUCUAGUAGAAGGUCCCUCGCUGAUGUUUCUCGGAUCAGAGACCCAUCUGUAUGGUCGCUGGGAGCGCUAUUUUGACCUUCCUUUUCUUUCUUACCCUUUGUUAAUUAUGGACGGAUGCUAUAGCAGCCUUGACAGGCAUUGGAACAAUAAUGCCUAUGGCUUCUCUUA